AUAAAAACAAACACAGAAUUACAUUAAGCAGUUGCAUUGUUUUUUUUCCUUCUUUUUUUUCAGUUGUGUAUCAACCAACCUUUUUGUCAUAACUAAGUGUGAUCCUUCAUAGAUUCCCUCCUUUUUCUCUCAGCUUUCUUUGUUCCAAAAAACUCUGUAAUAACUUUGAUUUAUUUUUUUCUCAUUAUUAUUGAUGCCCAUGCAUCUAUCAAAGAAUAAUCUCACCAUAGUAUCUCUCAUCAACUCCAUCUUCAAAAACUUCAACUCCCCUUAUUGGCCUUAUCUUUUACUCCUUUAUUUUGAUUUUUUUUGAGUCUCCAACACUCCAAAUACUUCAUUCUUGGAACAUAUUUUUUGUGUACAAUAUAGUUUUUUACACAGAAACAGAGGAAAAAACAGAGUUCUCUGUUUUUACUUUAAAGGAACUUUCUAUUUGUGGUAUAUGAUUGAUGGAAAGUUCAUCUAGUAUGAAUAUUAAAGAAGGGAAUAUGAAUGCUUCAAAUUCAGGCAGUGUGAAUAAUUCAAUAGGGGGAAGAGAUAGUAAUUCUUCACCUACAAGUUUUCAGCAAAAUCAGGUUUCAAUGGAUUGGACUCUAGAAGAACAAGCUCUCUUGGAGGAAGGACUAGUAAAAUAUGCCUCUGAGACGAGCAUAUCCCGUUAUGCAAAAAUUGCAAUUAUGCUGAAGAGCAAGAGUGUUCGUGAUGUGGCAUUACGAUGCAAAUGGACCACGAAAAAGGAAAACAGCAAGAGAAGGAAGGAUGAUGCAAAUCUAUUGAAGAAAAAUAAAGAUAGAAAGGAAAAAAUGACUGAUCCUACUGCAGUGUUGUCAUCCCCCGUUGUAAUGCACCCUGGUUAUGCUCCAUAUGCUCAACGAGUGGUUUCUAAUAAGAGUGAAGGUUUCGCCUCGUACCAUGCCACAGUCAAUGUGACCACACAGCUUAUUCAUCAAAAUGCUCGGAUCUUCGAACAGAUUUCUGCAAAUCUUGUGACACAUCAAAUACACGAGAACACUCGACUUUUGUGUCAGGCUCGAGAUAACAUCUUCAAUAUUUUAAAAAAAUUGAAUGAAUCGUCCUACACGCUAAAGCAGAUGCCACCACUCCCAGUUAAGUUGGACGAAGAACUCGCCAACUCCAUUCUUCCCCCCUCAACUCAUGCAUUGGGGUGAUGAUCGAUCUCACCAUAGAAAAUCGGACGUCCACGGCCAUUGAUCUUUUAGAUUUUACCGAGGGAGAAAUGUCAUCUCCACUGUGAGAAAGAGAGAGAAAAAAAAAAAAAAAAGGAACAAAGAGUUGACUGAAUCAUGUACAAUUUUGGGCAUACUGUGUACUUGCCUUGUUGCUCCCUUUCCUUGGUAAAGACUUUGUACAGUAAUAAAAUAGAGUUUAAGUUUUAUGCACAAAUAGUAUUUAGAUUUUUCAUACCA